CUUUGUGAAAAUGUCUGGCAGCCCUAGGAUCUACUAACUGAAUCUCAGCAUAUACUAUUCAAAAAGGUGAAGAUAGAAAUACAUUGUUUUGUGAAGCAUUUACACAAGCUCAAACAUACUCUAAUAAUGAGUUAGUCAAACAUCCUCAACCAAAUCUGGACAUGAAGUUUCAUUGUACGUUAGCCAGUUCAAGCAAAAUAAUGACAAAGGCACCUCAGAAGCUUGGUAGACAAUUAAUACGAACUGUCGGUCGUAGGCAAAGCUAUCAUGCUCCUACCCAAAGCACAUACAAUGACCUACCUCAACCCAGUGGCAGUUGGAAGACAACUUAUGAUGCCAAUCAGCGCAAAUACACUGCUCACCUUGCUAUUGGUGUUGGAAGUCUUGUUGGCACCCUCAUCUUCGGCAAAGCUGCUGGCUUCCUAGAGUUCUAUAAUGAUAUCCCAGAAAAACCAGCUCAGAUCGACUCAUACAAAUAAAAUAUUUAUGUAGUUGAUGUCCAGUAGAGUUAUUAAAAUUUAGAUAUAAUAGUUUACAGCUUAUCAGUCUUUCAUGUAUGACCAAAUACAUUUUGCCCUGUUAUAUUAUGUUCAGUUGAUUAAGUAGAACCUAUUGAAAAUUGAGGGUGAAAUGUAAUCAAAAAUUAGCAAUGGUUUAUCUGAUUUUCUGGAAGUUCACUAUAAGGACUGUUUUGUCAAGCUAUGUAAUUACAACAGGAGACUAUAAAAUAGUGGCAAACCAAAACUAAGGGCCUCUCCAUAAAACCUUGUUAUUGAGAUAAUAAUACCACAUUUGAUGGUUCAUCUAGUCUAGUUACUUAAAGGUACAGAUUUUUUGGCAUACUUGAUCAUUGUGAACAGUAAUCGGAGACCUUGUAGCUACAGUCUGUAGCUUUGAAGUAUUUUUAUUUACGUUCGCGUCAAAAAGUGAAAGUAUGAAUGAGUUUUCUAUAUCUCAGAUCCCACUCUUCAACCUAUAGACUCUAUGCACUAGGGUGGUAAAGCAACUUUACUGACCAUUAAAAAGUACAAUACAGCACCCAAUCGAACUGUCCUUAAAUUCAUUGCUAGGUGACUGUGUAAUUAUCAGUGAUGAAAUGGUAUGGGCAAUUUAAUUCUACUUGAGGCUAGUAUACAUUUUUGAUUAUAGCUGCUUGUGGAUAAUAUCAUUGUAACAUUAACAAAUAUGCAACCUCCAGUAGCACCCACAGCUACUGCUCAAGAUCAACGGUUACAUGUAGAAAGCAAUAUUGGUAAAUUUAUCUACUGGUCAAGACCAACAGGGGGAAUGACAUACAUGUCACCCACAUGCUUCUCUUGAUGUGUCAGUGGAUAUAUGGACUAUAUGAACUCUAUAAAAUAGUGUACAAGACCUCACAUGUACGUAUAUAAAGUGGUAAAUAAAUAAUAGAUAACAAAUAAA